UGGAAACUUGGAAACCCUAAAUAGGGUUUUAGGACAUCUAAACAGGGUUUUACCCAGCCGUUUAUUUCAGCGUUUAAAACCCAAAAACCCCAAACUAGAUUUCCAUUUCCAUUUUUCCCAACAACCGCCGGCUCUAUCUUUAUUGACUCCGUUCCGAUGGCAUUCGUUUCCAGAUUCCGUCGCGUUUUCACCGGACCUUCCCGUCUUUGUUCUCAGUUCGCUUUGAUUCGCUUAAAUUCGACUCUCACUUCCCCGAAGCUCUUCAUUAGCGGUCUUUCAAGAGAAACAACAGAUGAACAGUUUAAAGAGGCAUUUAACCCGUUUGGCCGGAUUGUUGAAGCCAAAGUCAUAAGAGAUAGAGCCACUGGAAGGUCGAAGGGGUUUGGUUUUGUUACAUAUACAUCCAUCGAAGAAGCUGAGAAGGCUAGAGAAGAAAUGAAUGCCAAGUUCUUGCAAGGAUGGGUUAUUUUUGUAGACCCUGCCAAACCAAGGGAACCCAGACCUUCACCCAGAUCAGAAUCGGAGUUUUCUGUAACUGGUUUUAGAACAAACAAAACUGUUGGAUGGUCUGGGUAGUUCACUUUAACAAGGCUGGAGCCAUGGAGGAAUUAUUUGAAGGCUUCAAGUUUCAUAUAUUACCUCAAAACUUUAGCAGAAGAUAAAAGUUGAAUCAAUGAUUUAUUUAUUCGGGACGAGUGUAACCGGUUAACCUCUUUAUAUUAAACACAUUUUGUGUGCCUUA